AAACCGGUUGCUUCAACCAUCGCCGCUAACCAACUCGGCCUCCUCCUAAACAAACCUCGGGCGAGGGGAAAGCGCGGCGACCGGCGGCGGCGGUGAGGCAGAGCCAUGGUGGUCCACGUCGUGUACAGGAGGCGGGAGAACAGCUGGAGGGGGGCCGACUCGUCUGUCAGGUUCCUGGGCGCCGCCAUGAGCAGCAACCCGCCGAGCAAGCACCAGGUCCGCCUCGCCGGCCGCGGCGGCAUCGGCUACGCCCCCACCUCCCCCGCGGGCGCGCGCAACGGAGGCCUCUCUCUGCGCGCCACCUCCCCGCCGCCGCCGACCGUCUCCAUCGCCUCCGUCGCUGGCUGGGAUUCUAUCAAGCUGCGGCUCGACGGCGAGGAGGGGCUGAAGGAGUUCUUGGCCGUCGGGACAGAGGAGGACGCAGCGGUUUACGCGAGCAAGUGGCCGGCUGGCGGGGAUGAGGUGACGUUCGACGCCCCGCCUACAGAUGAGGAGGUCCACGCCGCCGUCGCCAGCAUCCAGCAGGUAUUUGAGAAUCCUUCGGGUGUGGAAUCUGACGCACUCGAGUUACAAGCGCUCGCACUGCCCAUCGCAGGACUCUCUUCAUCUGGGAUGUUUGUUAACUAUUUCGCUGCCGAUUCUGAUGCGUCCGAGAAGCAAACCGUCCAAUUAGCCAACUUAGGGAAUUCUCCAUCCAACAUUGGAUUAGACGAUUGCACUGAAUCUGGCACACUUGCACUUAACUCAACUGCUCUUAUGACAAGGGAACAUCAAAAUGUACUGGAUGCAUUCCAGCUGUUGAAAGAAGAUGCCUCUGUUCAGAAAAUGGUUAUGGCCUUGUCAACUGAUAAAGCUGUAUGGGACGCUGUCAUGAACAAUGAGGUGGUGCAAGAAUUUAAGAAGUCCUUCCAGGAUGCUAAGGAAACUGAUAACAAGGGGAGGUCUAGUGCUCCUCCUGGAAUGAUGCAAUGGGUCUUGGAGAACACCCAGGCGAAGAUUAAGGAGUUCCUUGAGAAGAUACUUCAGCUCGUGCACACGCUCUUCCAGGCCCAGAGCAUGGACUACGAUUUGUCUGACGAUGUUGUGAGAAUGUCCUUCAUGCUCUCGGUGUUCGUCUUCAUCGUCGUAACAAUAGCUCGCAUAAAGUGAGCACAACAAUUCGUCGACUUCACACUUGGUGGUUAGUAUUGUACAGGAUCAGUUAUAGUCCUAGUAAUUUCGUAUGGGUUUCUUAUGGUUGUGAUCAGGGACAGUGUCUGUCUUAGUUUCCAGGUCUAGAACAUUAAAAGUUGCCGAGGUGCUACGAUUCUCAGUGGAAAUUCAAUAUGUUUACUCUGUCAGUUGUGGUAA